AUGCCUCCAAAGGCGAAGAUACGUGGGCCAACUGACCCAAAACAACAAAAGCUUUCGUUCUUUACAAAUAAAUCGACUGAAAGUCUUUCAUCGCCUGACUCGGCAGAGGUCUCCGAAGAACAGACCAAGACCAACGACAACGAUGUUCGUCAUUACCAGUCCAAGUGGCUAACUGUGCACCCGUGGUUGGAAUUUGAUGGAACUAAAAUGUUUUGCAAACACUGUAAGCAGUUUGGGAUGCAAAACAUUUUUACUACAGGAAAUACUAAUUUCCGAACAAGCACACUUACAAGGCAUAUAGCAUCUAAUGACCAUCAACGAGCAAUAAUGGCCCCACGAGAGCAGGAAAACUUGAAAAAAACAGUCGAGAAUGUUCAAAACAAAGAGGAAAAAGCCAUAGUAAUUGCUAUGAAAGCGGUUUACUGGUUAUCAAAAGAAGGUAUUGCCUUAUCAAAAUACUCCAGUAUGAUAAGAUUUUUGAAAGACAUAGGGGUUUCAGACAUUGAUUCUUUGAAUGUCAACAAACAUGUAGACUAUUCGUCAUACAAUACUGCCAAUGAUCUCCUCAAAUCAAUAUCCAAUGUCAUCAAUAAUGACACGACAGAAAGGCUAAGGAGAUCACCUCACCUUACCAUCUUAACUGACGAAAGCACUGAUAUUGCAAACCAUCACAAACUCUCCGUAUCAGCUCGCAUUAUUAAUCCAUCCAGUCUCCAGCCAUCUACCCUCUUUCUUACGGAUCUUCGUAUAACAAAUGGUACUGGUAAAGGGAUUUUCGAAGCUAUCAAGGAACAUCUUGACUCACGAGGAAUAGAGGUAAAAUUGGUUAUGGGAUUGGGAACAGACAGUGCUUCGACAAUGACUGGCCGGAAAGAGGAACUCACAGGUCAUUUUUUACGGCAUAACCCCCAUCUUCAAAACACGCAUUGUGCAGCUCAUCGCCUAGCACUGUGUACGGAACAAGCAGCUAAGAAAGUACCUGGGAUGCUGAAGUUUCAAGAGACGCUUGUAACUAUUUUUUUAUCAUUUUAA